AUGAAAGCUGCCACGCUCCGCAGCAGCUGCCUGCUCCUUUGGCUUCUGCUUCACUGCACAGACAGCCGAAGCCACGGCAGGGCCGAGUUUUCGCUCGCCGGCAAGUCCGUCUACUUUAUUGUCAUAGAUCGCUUUGCUCGCAGUGGAGAGCAGGCCGCAAACUUCACUUUCUGCGACCUGCCCGCCGACUGGGUCAACAAUACUGGAGGAGGCUUCUGUGGUGGAACCAUCAAUGGGAUUACAAACCACCUGGACUACAUCCAGGGCAUGGGCUUUGACUGCCUCUGGAUCACCCCGCCCGUGCAAUCCCAGGGGUUCAUGGGCUACGAUGCCACGAACCUCUUUCAGAUCAACCCGCACUUCGGUACCAAGGAGGACUUGGUGCGCCUGUCCGCUGCGCUGCACAGCCGUGGCAUGUGUCUGAUCGUAGACAUUGUGCUCAACCACAUGCGGCCUUUGCUGGUCAACGGCACUGUGAACCUGUCCUCCAUUGUGCCUUUCAAUGACGAGAGCCACUACCACCAGAGGAACCGCUCGAGAAGUCAGAGCUUUGCCGACUACGUGGCCGCGUGGCCCCCUCCGGCCUUCAACCCUGGAGAGGACAAUGCUCAGCUGCUGACAGCUUCCCAAGCGGACUCUCCGGCUGUGUGUGGGCACACGGUCGCAGAUCACACAGAGUGCAGCUGCUUCCCGGGCAACUCCGGUCCGAACUGCCCCUCCUUCCGAGAGGAUCACCUCAGCACAGGCUGGCUUGGGGUCAUGGGAGACUUGAACCAGAGCCACGAGUACGUUCGUGCGCAGCUUCUCUCCUUUGUGGAGGGCAUGGUGGUCAAUUACAGCCUGGAUGCACUGCGCCUGGACACGGCCAUCUACCUCGAGCGAGACUUCCUGCCCGAGAUCCAGGCAGUGGCUGGCGUGGAGAUUCUGGGAGAG